CCACGCCUUGAUGUCUCAUGUAGACAGACGACCUCACGUUGUGGAAAAACACUGAAGAAUAGCGGAUAAAACAGAUCCGACGGAGACCUCUACCUCAACUCAUCGGGACCACCUGUACCAGCGACCCGCCCGAGCACUGUAGGCAUUCCACGGUAUUACCAGGAGAACGAGAGGGCGGUGACGGGAAACCAGCUAUGCAUCCUAUGGAUCAAGUGGAUUUUUCAGGGCUGUUGAACUCCUUCGGGAGAAGCCCGUCCUGGGAGAAGAUCGCCGAGACGUCCUCGGGGCUGCAGGAGGACUUCACCGACUUCAACUUCUGGCGAGCGCCGCUGCCUCUUCUGUCCGAGGACGACAUCAACACGGUGGAUCCGGUACCCGAGUUUAACGACUUCAACUUCUGGAGAGAACCCAUACCGGACAUCGAUCUCAGUAUGGACAUGCUAGAGCUAAUAAUAUAAUGUGGAGUACAGUUGUGUUUUUGUUUCACUUCAACACUUUUGGAUCCAGUACCCGAGUUUAACAACUUCAACUUCUGGAGAGAACCCAUACCGGACAUCGAUCUCAGUAUGGACAUGCUAGAGCUAAUAAUAUAAUGUGGAGUACAGUUGCGUUUCUAUUUUUUUUUUAAUUUUUUGCAGCAUCGUGUUUGACAGAAUUACCUUGUAAAGUGUACAUUGUAAAGGAUAUACUGACUUAUUUGGUCAUUCAACGCUGAAUACGACUACACUUUCAUCUUGGAAGUCCCUCUGUGUUGGUCAUUAUGAAACAAAUUUGAACUGCACUUUCCAACGACUACAGUAACAUUGUGUUACAUCACACACCCUACCUCCAUGCCGAAUGACAGGUCAUUUGGAAAAUAAUUUAAAAAAAACGGCAGAUAGAAUGGCAGGAGAAGAAGGGGAGGAAACACAGGGAGAACAGUAAAAUAGGGAUGUGAAAUAUAAAGGCAGAAUUCGACACAAAUUACCAAUUUUCAAACCCUUCUAUGGUCAAUAUUGUAUGUUCACAAUGUUAAAUAAGUACAUUUUCUAUUGUUAGCUACAGGUAACUGCAAUAUUUUGAUGUAAAUGUUUUUGUAGUGUGCUAGAACGUCCCAACUCAAUGUUCAUAAUGUACCAGAAUUGUAAACUGAAUAGACACGUGUAUCGUUACAUGUUUAUAAUGCUCAAUGUGAUGAAAUGACAUUUUGCAAUCUGAUGUUGCUUUGGUGCUAUUUUGAAUAAACAUUGCAAUUAA